GGCCCCCGGGCCCGGGUGCGGGCUCGCGCCGCCGCCGCCGGCAGAGCUCGCGCUGCCGGUACCGCGGUCCGCGUCAGCCGCGCACCAUGAGGCUGCAGCUGGAGCGGUGCCGGGGCGAGUGGCGGGAGCUGGAGGAGGAGUUCCAGCAGCUCCAGGAAACACACAAAGUUUACAGGCAGAAACUGGAAGAAGUCACCAGCUUGCAGACGGCCUGCAGCAACUCCAUACAUCGGCAGAAGAAGACACUAAGGGAUCUGAAGCACAGUCUGCAACGGUGCAAGCACAAAGCAAGUCCUGAAGAAUUUGCUCUUAUUCAGGAGAUCAGUGCCCAGAUCAAGGAGAGGCAAAAUGCCUUCUUUGACAUGGAAGCCUACCUGCCAAAGAAGAAUGGCCUGUAUUUAAAUCUGGUGCUGGGAAAUGUGAAUGUAACUCUCCUGAGUAACCAAGCAAAGUUUGCCUACAAGGAUGAGUAUGAAAAGUUCAAACUUUAUCUGACCAUAAUCUUGUUACUGGGGGCUGUCACCUGCAGGUUCAUUCUGCACUACAGGGUGACAGAUGAAGUGUUUAACUUUCUGUUGGUGUGGUAUUACUGCACACUGACAAUACGGGAAAGCAUUCUCAUCAGCAAUGGAUCCAGGAUCAAAGGCUGGUGGGUGUCUCAUCACUAUGUCUCCACAUUCCUGUCUGGAGUAAUGUUAACGUGGCCAGAUGGACUCAUGUAUCAGAUGUUUCGCAGUCAGUUUUUAGCCUUUUCAAUAUUUCAGAGCUGUGUGCAGUUCCUACAGUAUUACUAUCAAAGGGGCUGUCUUUACAGACUCCGUGCUUUAGGGGAGAGAAACCACUUGGACCUUACAGUGGAAGGAUUUCAGUCCUGGAUGUGGCGGGGACUGACGUUUCUCCUUCCCUUCUUGUUCUUUGGGCAUUUCUGGCAGCUAUACAAUGCAAUCACACUGUUCGGAUUGUCAAGGCACAAGGAGUGCAAAGAAUGGCAGGUGGGUUUUUGUGUUGGCUUUCACAUUUCUGCUGCUCUUCCUUGGGAACUUCCUCACUACUCUCAAAGUGGUGCACACUAAACUCCAGAAAAACAAAGACAAAAUGAAGAAGCUGUGAACCCCCUGUCCCCAGCCUGCUGGCUGCUGUCCCUCUGCCGGUAGCAAGCACUGGGGUUGGGAUGUAUCCUGCUAAACUCCAGCUUACAUGAUGGGAUUGGCCUGGAAGGACUCAUCCAUCCCUGUGGUUGGUGAAGGACACAGACUCUGCCAGCACAGACUCAGUAUUAAUCCAAGCAUGGCUCUUCAGUCUGCAGUCCUGCUAUUUAUGUAUAUUUAAUACCAAGUAUCUUUUGCUUUUGGGUUAUUCUUUUUUCUGUAUAUAGAGCAGCAUGCACCUGUCUGGUGAGGCACCAGCAUUGGGAGGAUGUGAGAUCUACUGUAAUUCCAAUUCUGGAAUGAUAUUUAACACUUCCAAGUUUUACUAUUUAAAUUCUGGAUGUUGGAUUUGCAAAGGUUUAUGAACACUCCAAGCUGAUCACUGAUACAGACCAAAUGCUGUUUUUAAAAGCAUUUAUUUAAGGUAUAUAUUCAGUGGCAAUACUAACCUGUGUGUACUGUGAAAAAACACCCAUCUUUGUACCAUUCUGCUGCUAUAUACAGAUUUAAAAAGCUAUUAAAAAAUUCCUCUUUUGAAAAGAGAAAUAAGCAAAGGCAGGUUUUUAAAUGGCAGGGAAGUCUGCUCAUCCUCUUCCAGGGAGACCGGGUCCUCUGGUCUGGCCUGGAAAAGACCUAAAAUAAACCAUUCAACAUGCA